GCUCCCAGUGGCUGCCCCCCGCGUCGGUGGCGAGACGCACCAGCGCCCCGCAUGAUGUCACCGUUUCGCAUCACGGUCACGUGCGGGCGUGUCGUGGUUGACUUCCUGUCAAUCCGCUCACUUCGGGUUCCCAAUUGGGACAAUCAUGAUGCUGCUUCUCGUCCGCAUCCCUUCUCUCACCGCUACCACCAUCUCCUCGCCAUCUCCUCGCUGUACGCAGUUCUAUACGAACUCCUAGUGAAGAAUGCCGUCAUCUUCGAGCAUGCUCCCAACGGCCGUGGUAUCGUAUGGCCUACAGUCAGCACUGGCGGUUAUUUUCGUCCCUCAAGCAAAUGACAAAUUCUACGAUCUCGGUGGAGCUCUCGGAUUUGCCACCAGUACUUUCGUUUCGCUGUACUACCCGUCCUUGAAGGCGAAGUACUGGGAGCGCAUUCCAAACGCGCAGCUUCCGCCGAUCACUAGCUUUGCGCCAAGACAGCUAUUGUUGAGUGCCGCCGUUGUCGCGUGGAGUACGCGACUUGGAAGUUUCCUUGUCACCAGGGCGCUGAAGGCAGGUGGCGACUCGAGGUUUGACGAGGUCAAGCACAAGCCGGCGAAGUUCACGGCUUUCUGGAUGGCCCAGGCUACCUGGGUAUUUAUUGUGGGCUUGCCAGUGUAUAUGGUGAACACGCUACCUGCCUCCGCACAUCCGCCGCUUCGUGCAUUUGAUUAUUUCUCGUUUGCUUUGUUUGCCCGUUCCUGGCUAUUUGAGAUAGUUGCUGACAGGCAAAAGACCGCCUGGCGCCGUGCCAGAGACAAUAAGGAGCAUAACGAGAGAUUCAUUACCAAUGGCUUAUGGAGCAUUAGUCGCCACCCAAAUUACGUAGGCGAGGUGGGAUUAUGGACCGGCAUCUGGCUAUUGUCUGUCAAUUCUCUGUGUGCACCCUUGUUCCCUCGCGCUUCCUGGCUACUCGCAGGCGCGAGUCCGCUCAUGACGUGGUUCCUGUUGCGUAAUGUGUCGGGCGUGCCGCCGUUAGAGAAGGCGGGAAACUUGAAAUAUGGAAAUGACCUGAAGUGGCAGGAAUACAAACGGUGCGUAACACUUUCAAUAUUUCGCCGGUACAUCUCUGCCCCUGGGACCUUGCCCAGGCAUUCAGUUGCGAGCAGAUUGCCGCACCGAUAGUCUUUAGUUCGUCCACUAUAUCACACAUGUGUCAGGGCUGUAUUGCGCUUCGAUGUCUCCGCUCGUCACGCACAAUGAGCGCAACCCAACGUGGUUGGGCUCCUGUACAGCGGUCCUAGGUGCAACGUGUUUUCAUCUGCACCUUCUACGCCUCGUAUAGUUUCAUUGCUGUACCUUGUGGGCU